CCCGGGAGGCGGCGGCGGCGGCGGCGGCUCGUGUCGGCUCCGGGCGGCCCUCGCGCCGCAGCCCGCGCCGUGUCCGCGGCGGAGCCGCCCAGGUGCCCACGAGGAUGGUGGCGCGGCCCUAGGCCCAGGCUCCGCACCAUGACCUGCUGGCUGUGCGUCCUGAGCCUGCAGCUCCUGCUCCUGCCCGCGGCGCCGCCCCCGGCCGCCGGCUGCCCCGCCCGCUGCGAGUGCACGGCGCAGACGCGCGCGGUGGCCUGUCCCCGGCGCCGGCUGACCGCCGUGCCCGACGGCAUCCCGGCCGAGACGCGCCUGCUGGAGCUCAGCCGCAACCGCAUCCGCUGCCUGAACCCGGGCGACCUGGCCGCGCUGCCGCUGCUGGAGGAGCUGGACCUGAGCGAGAACGUGAUCGCGCACGUGGAGCCGGGCGCCUUCGCCAACCUGCCGCGCCUGCGCGUCCUGCGCCUCCGGGGCAACCUGCUCAAGCUCAUCCCGCCCGGCGUCUUCACGCGCCUGGACAACCUCACGCUGCUGGACCUGAGCGAGAACAAGCUGGUCAUCCUCCUGGACUACACCUUCCAGGACCUGCGCAGCCUCCGCCGGCUGGAGGUGGGCGACAACCACCUGGUGUUCAUCUCGCGCCGGGCCUUCGCGGGGCUGCUGGCGCUCGAGGAGCUGACCCUGGAGCGCUGCAACCUCACGGCGCUGUCGGGCGAGUCCCUGGGCCACCUGCGGGGCCUGGGCGCCCUGCGGCUGCGCCACCUGGCCAUCGCCGCCCUGGAGGACCAGAACUUCCGCAGGCUGCCCGGCCUGCUGCACCUGGAGAUCGACAACUGGCCGCUGCUGGAGGAGGUGGCCGCCGGCAGCCUGCAGGGCCUCAACCUGACCUCGCUGUCCGUCACGCACACCAACAUCACCGCCGUGCCGGCGGCCGCGCUCCGCCACCAGGCCCACCUCACCUGCCUCAACCUGUCCCACAACCCCAUCAGCACGGUGCCGCGCGGCUCCUUCCGCGACCUGGUCCGCCUGCGCGAGCUGCACCUGGCCGGCGCCCUGCUGGCCGUGGUGGAGCCGCAGGCCUUCCUGGGGCUGCGGCAGAUCCGCCUGCUCAACCUCUCCAACAACCUGCUGUCCACGCUGGAGGAGAGCACCUUCCACUCGGUCAACACGCUGGAGACGCUGCGCGUGGACGGGAACCCGCUGGCCUGCGACUGUCGCCUGCUCUGGAUCGUGCAGCGCCGGAAGACCCUCAACUUCGACGGGCGGCUCCCGGCCUGCGCCACCCCCGCCGAGGUCCGCGGCGACGCGCUGCGCAACCUGCCCGACUCCGUGCUCUUCGAGUACUUCGUGUGCCGCAAGCCCAAGAUCCGCGAGCGGCGGCUGCAGCGCGUCACGGCCGCCGCGGGCGACGACGUGCGCUUCCAGUGCCGCGCCGAGGGCGAGCCCGCGCCCACCGUGGCCUGGGUGACGCCGCGCCACCGCGCCGUGACCGCCGCCAGCGCCGGGCGCGCGCGCGUGCUGCCGGGGGGCACGCUGGAGAUCCGCGGCGCGCGCCCGCAGGACAGCGGCACGUACACGUGCGUGGCCAGCAACGCGGGCGGCAACGACACCUACUUCGCCACGCUGACCGUGCAGCCCGAGCCCGCCGCCAACCGGACCCCGGGCGAGGGCCGCAACGACACGCAGGCGGCCGCGCGCUUCCCGCUGGACCUCACCAGCAUCCUGGUGUCCACCGCCAUGGGCUGCAUCACCUUCCUGGGCGUCGUCCUCUUCUGCUUCCUGCUGCUGUUCGUGUGGAGCCGCGGCCGCGGGCAGCAUAAGAACAGCUUCUCGGUGGAGUACUCCUUCCGCAAGGUGGACGGGCCGGCCGCCGCCGCGGGCCAGGGGGGGGCGCGCAAGUUCACCAUGAAGAUGAUCUGAGGGUCCGGGCGCCCCCACGCGGGCGCGGCUGACACCACCUAUGCAUUUCCCGGAGCGGGGAGGGGGGGGGGCCUCCCUCCCUCCCCGCGGCCGCCUCCUGGCGGAACUUCCCCUUUUUUUGUAGAGACCCGACCACAGGACUUUUUUCACCAGGACGCAUUUUUGCAUUGUUUCGCAAAGCAUUUUCUAAAGGUUUCACCCCGUC